CGUACUUAGCGAACCGUUCCCUCCGAGCAGCGGCGCUGGUCAAAUCUGAAUUCGAUAGCAUAGAGCGGCUGAAGCUGUAGGAUUAACGAGCAGGAGGAGCUUCUUCAUCGCAGCAAGACGAGAAACACACGGCCGGCACCAGGGAAGGAGAAUGGCGACGGUAGCAGCCACCACCGCCGCAACAAUUCUCUCGAGGGGGCGGGUGAGGGCUUCGUGGGACACCAAUCCGAGCCCGAAACCUCUCAAAAUACCAAAAUUCCCCAAGCCCUCUCCCUCCUUCCCCGCUCCGUCGCUCCCGGUGACCGCCGCCGUUGCAGAGAAGCCAAAGGAGCUUCACCUAUCGGAUUUCUUCAAUUCCGGUCGAAAUCGCGCCCAAAUAGGUGAUUUGGAUGAACAAUAUAUGGGUUACGAGCGAUGGCUGCCUCCUGCUCCCAAAGUGAAAAAACCACGCUCCAUUUACAAUGCAGCAAGUUUAGCAUAUAUUGGAGAUUGCAUAUAUGAGCUCUAUGCUAGGAGGCACUUCUUGUUUCCCCCUCUAAGCAUCAAUGAUUUCAAUGAGCGUGUAAUGAAAGUAGUGCGAUGUGAAUCACAGGAUUUGCUGUUGAAGAAGCUCCUUGCGGAGGAUUACUUGACAGAAGAAGAAAGGGAUGUGCUGCGCUGGGGUAAAAACAAAAGCAGCAACAAAACAAAAACUACUAAAAGGGUUGGUGUAGCCAUUUACAACAGCGCAUCAUCUCUAGAAACACUAAUUGGAUAUCUCUACCUGACUGAUGUUAAACGCCUGGAAGACCUAAUGUAUAAGCUAGGAUUCUCUACUGAUGCUUCUUCAAAAGAUGUUGUGGAUGAGCUACGUACAAAUUUCAUGUGAUAAGCUGUUAGACCAGCCCAGGCGGAACCGAGGCGGAGACGUCCGUCGCUUUCGGUAGCCGACCGCAUCGCAAGCACCAACCGGCUAAUUUAGAAAGGAUUUUUGAGAAAGUUUAGGAGAGUUUUUGAAUGUAAGGUCUAUUUAGAGAUUUCUUUUUGAUUUGUAACAUUAAAUACUUUGUUUUUCUAGGAUUAGAGCAUCUUGAAUUAGUUGAAAUUUGAGAUCUCUUAGAAUUAGGUUUUCUUUUGGGCUCUAGAGGCGUCUAGAGAUUUGGGAGAGAUCGAU